GGCAGCCAUUUCACCCUCAGUUCGCCUUGCAUUUAUCAUUAAUAAUUCGUUAUUUACGUAAAUACUCACGCGGAAAAGUAGUUUUCCAGUGGAUACAGUUCGGUUUUUUCAAAUGGAGUGGUUUUCUUCGCGGGAUAGUGCGUUAUCGACCCAUUUCUAAGUGCAUCUUUUUAUCAGGGGUGUGUUUUUCGUCCCUUGUUUGGUGACGUCUGCCAGAUACAACUCUGUGAAAAACUCAGAAUAUUGAGAUUAUUUGCUAGGACGACUGGUUUUGGUUUCUUAAGACCUCAUCAUAUCGGAUGCCAGCGAUGACUCGGCUGCGCCGCAAGACCCCCUGGAUAUGACCAGCGUGGGGAUGGAGUGCUACGAAGAUAUGUUCAAAGAAAUCACCAAGAAACUUUACGGAGAAACUGAAAUGGAGGCAGGAGAAACCAUGAGGAUUUUGCAGGAGUAUGACGGAGAGACCUUCAAGCUGGAAGAAGGGCAUAAUUCUUUAAAUGCCUUUGGACUUGCCGCAUUGGUCCAGAACGGAUAUUCAACAAAUACCAUAUUUAGUCUGUCCGCUCAACAGGAGCUAGAAAAGUUACAAUCUGAAGAGGAUACAUGGAUUGCAAGUGAUGAGUCGAUACCUUGGACAGAAUCUAAAAUCGCAAGUUAUAACUCCGCCCAAAAGCUUUUCAGGUGCAAUGAAUGCGAGUGUGUCGGGUUUCUGUCCAGAGUCGCCGAACAUUGGCUCGGAACUCAUGCGAAUCUUAGAGUUUUCCAGUGUCCUCAAUGUCCAUACGCCAGUGCUUGGGCAAGAUGUGUUCGAAUGCACUUGGCACGCCAACACAAUGUUUCCCCGGAUCCCAACCAGGAGUCUCUUACUCUUUGGAAAGAAAAUCCUGUUCUUGAAGAAGUCACAAAGUAUCUGGAAAGGCUUAAGAAUCUAGUCGAAAGCGAGCUGGCAAAGAAUCAGGAGAGGGAGGGUUCUGACGAAGAAUCUCAUCAAAAUGCAAUGUCUACCCAAACAUCAACACCCCCACCUGAUUCUCCUCAUGGGCAACAUUCACUCUCUCCUGUGGAUGAAGGAGACGAGGUAGAGCUUCAACAAGAUCAAAUGCAGGAUGAUGAAAUGCAUCAACAUGAGCUUCAUCAACAACAGCUUCAUCAACAAGAACUUCAUCAACAAGAACUUCAUCAGCAAGAAAUUCAAGAACAAGAGCUUUGCCAACAAGAACUUGAACAGCAAGAGCUUCACCACCAGGAAAUCCAUCAACAACAGCUUCACCAGCAAGAGCUUCAUCAACAAGAAUUACAGGAGCAAGAACUUCAACAGCAGGAGCUUCACCAACAAGAGCUUCACCAACAAGAGCUUCAUCAACAAGAGUUAAACGAACAAGAGCUACAUGAUCAAGAUCUUCAGCAGCAUGAAUUAGAGCAGGAAUAUCAGCAUCAGGAAAUACAACAGCAAGAGCUACAUGAGAUAGAUCAACAAGAACUUCAGGGCCAAGAAAUUCAGUUGGCAGAUGGACAGAUUACUCAUGUUAUUGAAGAACAUAUUCAAGUCCCAGAGGAGGUCGCAACCCAGUUGCAACAAAUCGCAGCAGCACAGCAUGGAGACGGUCAUCCUCAGUUGCAGAUUGUAAUUACCCAGCAAGAAAACCAGGAUCUCCCUCCGACAAUCCAAAUCCAAAUAGCACCGAGUUCUGAUCUAGGUCCACAUUUAGUUUCCACAUCACAACAAACAAUACCUCUUCAACAAGCCCUAUCUCAGAGUCUGGCGACAACGCUUUCCCAGCAGGUGAUUGCUCAGGCCGCCCAGACUGUCGUCAAUCAACCCAUCACUCGACAAAUAGUCGUCCAACAACCCACAGUCGUGCAGAGCGCAAUAACACAAACAGUAGCUCCUUCACGAACAUCGACCAUCUCCCCUUCUUCUAGAAGUAAACAAACACAGAGUGAAAACUCCACCUCUUCUACUUCGAAAAGAUACAACUGUUCAUUUUGCCACUACGCUACAGACAGACGAGACUUGUACACCCGGCAUGAAAAUAUACACAGGGACGAAAAACCAUUCCACUGCUACAUCUGCCAAAAGCAAUUUAAUCGAGCGGAUCAUGUGAAAAAACACUUUUUACGGAUGCACAGAGAUACUCCUUACGAUAUACACAAGAUCAAAAGAACAAUAAACAAAGACAGUUCGAGCUCCAAAAGCGCAAUUCAGUACUACUUCCCGAAACCUCAACCAAGACCCGCUCCUGAGCAAGUAGAGACUGUCACAGUUCAAAACAUUAGUGUGCCGGGCUUUACGACUCAGAAACCAGAGGACAAGAAGUCUUCCAAGAGGAAACCUGGGGAAAAGCGGUACAACUGUAGUUACUGCACCUGGUCUGGCAUGGACAACUGGUGUCUGAAGAGACAUCUAAACACCCACCUAAAGCCGUACGUGUGCACAUUGUGUGAGUACAAGGCUGCUCGGUCAGAGAGACUGGCGACUCAUGUGUUCAAGGUUCACAACAAGAGAGCUUGUUCGAGGUGCAGCUUCCUAGCAGACGACCAAGCACAGCUUCAGCUUCAUCAGCAGCAGAACCAUCACUCUAACUAUUGCAGACCACAGACGUUUGAGAGGCAACUUCCAAAAGGGAAUGAAAACAUUAAUUUUAACUCCUCCAGCAAGAUGGAGAUCACCAGAAGGUAUUCCGUCAAGACCCCUUCUCACCUACCUCCGCUCGAAGUACAACGAAUCCUAACCUGUAUUCUGUGUGGGAUGCAGACGAACAGCCAGAAUAAAAUGCUUCAUCAUAUGGCGUUUCAUUCCAACUCCAAACCCCUAAACUCCUACAACUCCAGCGAUGAUGAAGACCUGCUAGAAAUACCUCUGCUGACGAUUAUAGACGAAGACGUCGAAAAUGAGAUCGACUUGAAACAAACUUUGUGGAGAAAAUAUAAACUGAAAACCCGCAAACAGACAUAUUGUGGUCUCUGUCGAAGUACAAACUCAAAUUCCCCCCGGUUCAGCAAGCCUGGCUUCGCCCGCCAUUAUUUAUUUUGCCAUUCCAAAAGGGCUUACAGUUGUUCAUUGUGUAGUGAUAAUUUCAGACAUAGAUAUCAAGUCGAGUUGCAUAAGAGUUUUAAGCACAAUUAAUAUAAGUUUUUUCUACUUGUGUGUUAUUUUCUUUAGUGAGCAAAUCAAUGUGCAUACCAUAUAUUAGUUACCUUCUUUUAUUUUUUUAAGUUUAUGUAUGUUUUUAUAUUCAAUAUUUUAAGCAACGAGUUUGUAUUUUAAAUGUUUAUUUGUUGAUUAUGUAUUUUAUUUGUUAAUUGUUUAUAAAUAUAUCAUAAGUGGUGAUUACAAAUUUUAAGAGUGGUGUAAGUAAAUGUAAGUGUGGAUGUAACUUAUUUUCAUAUAAUUUCUUAAUGAUGAAGUGAAAAGCUGUGAAGUUCUAUCACGGAAUAAGUUGAUCAGAAAUGGUAAAGUCAUUUAAUACCUUAGGUUAGUUUUUUUACAAUUUUAACCAAAGUUGUUUAAACCAAGAGAAAAUCAUCAAACACUCGUUUAAAAAAAGUAUGUUGAUGAAAUAUUUUAUUUUAAGUUUUGUUUUAAUAACUAUACUGUAUUUUGUUAUUUACUUCAGCUAUUAUUUUCCCAAAACUUUUAAUUGAUUUCCAGGAGGUUAGGCUACUAACGAUUUGAUAUAAUGGGCAUUGGUUUGUGUUAUCAAUAUAGGCAUGUUAAAAAUAUUAUCUUUGAGACUAUCAUUAGGUUUAAAACCCUCAGAUUAGUGUAUUUAACAAGUUAUAGAACUAUUCUGUUUAUUUAAUUGGUUUAAUUAAUGUUUAUAUCACUUUGGCACAUUAGUGGAGGUGAAAUUCACAAAACAUUGAAAGUGGGUCUAUACAUAUUCUCAACCAUCAUUUAAAGUGCUUGAUAAAUCUCUCUCACACUUCAAAAAUGGUCUCAAAUAAUGACUCACAUUCUACACUUGUUGUGAAAUAAUAGGCCUACUAUUGCCUCUUGUC